CAGCUCAGUUCGCAUUCGCCAUUCGUGCUUUCAAGUUGUCCGUCAAAAGAUGGCCAAGUUCAAUCCGCACCAGCUGUCGAAUCCCCGGGCGAAUGUCUUCAUCCUGGUCAAUCUGGGAUGCGAAAUGCUCUACGUCAUUGAUCAGCGGCUGAAGGCGCAGCAGAUUGCACAGGAUAAGUCGAUUCAGGUUAUCCACGAUGUGACGACAGUGCUGUUGGAGCCCAAGUUUAUAGACUCGCUGCUCAACGGAUCGAAGCAUAAUAAUGCCCAGCUGCUGACCACCGAGCACUGCAAGUUCAUGUUGAACGACAUAGCCACCUGCUCCUUGAUGCGACUGGACGAGCAGUCCAUGUCCAAGCUGUGGAACCUCAUGACCAUGGUGUACAAGUGGCAGCUCUUCGUGUCCCGCCAUCAGCACCACCUGCUGGAGAUUACGUUCCGGCACCUGGAGGCGAUCAACAGGCUGUAUCCGGAUGCCAAGCGGCACAUGUUGAUUGACUUCACGAAGAACACACUGUUGGACUUCUGGAACGCCAGCGGGGAGGAGGCCCAGCUGUCCAUUUACCAGACGAAUCGCGCCUGGCUGCAGUGCUUCAACACCAAGAUAUCGCUGCUCAUUCGCCUCGGUUUCCAGGCCAUGGACGGCAGUUUCUUCAAGGAUGUGGAUCAGGACUACUUCGCCGAGUACGUCCAGUCGGCGGGUGACAACCUCUAUGCGAAGAGUGCCGAGCAGCGGGUGCAGCCGGAGCAGCGGGAGCCCAACCGCAUGGACCAACUGGCCGCCCAGCUGAACAUCAAUCCCGUGCAGGGCGAGGAUCUGCAGCCCAUCAAUGCCCGCCAGUUCCAGCAGCAGUUCGAGCAGGCCUUCGGCAAUGUGCUCUUCGAUGAGCCGGUGGCCAGCGGCUCCUCCGGCUGUGAGUUCGUUCAGCUGCAGCCCACGACUCCGAGUUCAUCGAUGGCCCGAGGUGGAUCCAUGCUCAACCAGAACCUGCUCGAUUUGUACAGCAAAAUUCCCUAGAAUUUUCGUUUAGAAAAUAUUGUAUUUGUUGGUUUUUGUAAAUUAAU